UUUGACACGCCUAAAGUAUUGGCCGUAAAAGUACUAAAUUGGCUACAAUUCCAUCGGUUUAAGACUAGAACUGCCUCAAAGGUUCAACUUUUCAAAACGCCUUGAACAGAAGAAGAAGUCCUCUAUUUCCGGCUACGUAGAGCGUAAUGGCUAGUGUUUGUCGAAGAAAAACCACAUCAGGCGCAAGAAAUGACUUUAUAAGUCAACUCCCGGCAGAGCUGAAGGAAUCAAUUCUAGAGUUGCUGAACAUACGUGAAGCCGCCAGAAUGGCUGUGCUUUCAACUUGCUGGAAGGAUGCCUGGUAUGCUCUCGGCCAGCUGGUUUUCGAUUUGGACUUCUCAAAUUUUCCACAAUAUGACAGUGAAGAUGAACCCAAAGAUUGCACCAAAAUAAUAAACCGAUGUCUCUGUUAUGGAUCCAUUCUAUGGACAAGUAUAUCAACGAAGACGUGGACGGUUAGGUUCAGGGGAAUUAGUUGGUCAAAUCGGGGAAGAUCAGAAUACUCUAGAUGGCUGACCACGAGAAUAAGGAAAGCUGGCAGAUUGGCAAGUGGCAGCAUUUAAUUAAUUAGCAUUUAAUUAGUUAGAUCCAGUUAUUUCUUAUUCUUAGUUAUUUCCUAAUUCAAAUUAGGAAACUUCCUGGCAGCAUUUAAUUAGUCAGAUCCAGUUAUUUCCUAUUCUUAGUUAUUUCCUAAUUCAAAUUAGGAAACUUCCUAUUAUCCUUAUGCUUCCUAUUAGGACUCUUGUAAUCUCUAUAAAAGGGACCUAAUAUUGUUCAAUAAAGGACCUUUGGAGAAUUAAUUUGAUGUGUCUUGACUAGGUCGGGCACCGAUUAAUUCCUGAAGACUCUUCGUAUUUAUUCUUGCCUCAUUCGAUAAUCCUAGUAUAACAAUAUUGAUACUAAGGUCUCAGUAGGCUCUUCUUCUCUCCUGAGAUCUCGUCUGAGACCUUGGACAAGGUCUUAUACGCGAGUUCUUAACAAUUUGGUAUCAGCAUCAGGAACGAUGGGAACGGGACCAGAUUCUGCUGCAACAGAAAACAUGAAGAGUCUCCUUGAAGGCUUCGACCAACGCCAGAUCGAUGUUGAGGAUCAACUGGCAGCCCUUCAAACCACGGUUUCUGGUUUGGUUAGCCUGCCCACAGCCUUCACCGAGAUGCAGAAAUCCAUCGCAGCAUUGACCACUGCUGUCCAGCAGGUUCUGACCGACAACUCCUGUGAGCCAUUCGGACAGGGACGACGCAGGGAUACCGAGCAGCACCAGCGCCACACUGAGGAUUCUAUGGUUCCACGUUUUUCUAAAUUGGAGUUUCCCCAAUAUGAUGGAAAAACGGAACCCUUGUCAUGGCUUAAACGCUGCGAGCGGUUUUUUAUUCAACAAAAAACCCCUCCCCAGAACCGAGUGGGGUUAGCUACUUUUCACAUGGUCGGUACCGCUCAACUAUGGGCUGACCAGUUAGACUCUGCAGGUACAGGAGUCAAUUGGACCGACUUUUAUACAAAGUGUUCAAAACGUUUUGGACCUCCAUGCAGUGCCAACCCAGAAGGUGACCUAGCCAAACUGAGGCAGACAUCAGAUUUGGAGACCUAUAUUGAAACGUUUCAGCAAUUACUAGCACACACAGUUGGCAUCUCAGUCCGCAUGCAGGUCAAAAUUUUCACUGCCGGGCUACGUGAGUUGGUGCGCAUGGAAGUAGAGUACCAGGACCCCCUCGAUCUUGACACUGCCAUGAUGUUGGCUCGAACCGUUGAGCGGAAGUACCAAACCCCGACUGCCUCGACUGACUCUAUAAUACGGCCCCAACCAUCCUCUCGACUGAAUGCUUCAGGAACGACACUUAUUGAUUCCAGUUUAUCUCGUCGUAGUUCUAAUCCAACUUUCAAAAAAAUUUCUCGUGCCGAGGCAGCCAUACGACGUGAAAAAGGGUUGUGCUAUAAUUGUGAUGACCAAUGGGUUCGAGGUCAUCGCUGUAAGAGGCUAUUCUUUGUGGAAAUUGUGGAGGAUGACCAACUCGAGGAGGAUCACACGUCACAGACCGCGAUCGAACCAACAUUGUCACUCCAUGCAAUGACUGGAUUUGGCUCGUCCUCAACUAUGCAGAUUCAUGCUACCCUCCAGAACCGUCCCAUUAUAAUUUUGGUAGAUUCGGGUAGCACUCACAAUUUUGUGCAUGAGCGUUUGGCGACUAAUCUAAUAAAUCAACCCCUGCGUAAUAACCGGUUGCAUGUCAUUGUGGCCAAUGGUGACAAAGUCCCAAUUAUCGGUACUUGUCCGGGAUUGGAGUUUGAAGUCCAAGGUAAGACUUUCACGGCAGAUUUUUACAUCUUACCACUUGCCGGAUUUGACAUGAUUUUGGGAGUACACUGGUUACGUGGACUUGGUUCAAUUAUGUGGGAUUUUACACGCUUGUCCAUGCGUUUUACAUGGGAAGACACCUCCGUUGAAUGGCAUGGGCAUGAUGUUUCCCCUCCGCUCACUGCAACUAUGGCAGUAGGCAUAGCCCAAACACCUCCUUCUCUGGCUGGCCUUCUUGUCCAAUUUGAGGACCUCUUUAGGACACCAGUAGGGUUACCGCCCAAGAGGACAUGUGACCACCGCAUACGCUUAAUCCCUGGAGCAGGACCAGUGGUUGUACGUCCUUACCGCUACCCGUAUCUGCAAAAAGAUGAAAUAGAGCGUCAAUGUGCGGAGAUGAUCACUCAAGGAAUCAUCCAGCCAAGUCGAUCCCCGUUCUCCUCACCGGUACUUUUGGUCCUUAAAUCCGAUGACUCGUGGCGGUUCUGUGUGGAUUAUAGGGAACUUAAUUCCAAGACAGUCAAGGAUAAGUUCCUCAUUCCGGUGAUCGAUGAAUUAUUGGAUGAACUUCAUGGAGCGUCAUAUUUUACCAAGUUGGAUCUCCGUUCAGGCUACCACCAGAUACGUAUGGCACCUGAAGACAUAGAAAAAACCGCUUUUCGGACACACCAUGGACAUUUUGAAUUUCUGGUGAUGCCGUUUGGCCUCUCUAAUGCACCAUCCACCUUCCAGAGUUUGAUGAAUGACAUUCUUGCUCCUUAUUUACGAAAGUUUGUCCUGGUAUUCGUCGACGAUAUUCUCAUUUAUAGCAAGUCUUGGACUGCUCAUGUGGCCCAUGUACGCCACGUCUUGGACAUCCUGCGUACCCAUAAUUUGUUCCUUAAGGAGUCAAAAUGCAGCUUCGGAGCUACUUCUGUUAACUAUUUGGGGCAUGUUAUCCACGCCGGUGGAGUAGAAGUUGACCGCACCAAGAUACAAGCUAUCAUGGAUUGGCCAACCCCACAAUCUGUCACGGCCUUGCGCAGUUUCUUGGGCCUAGCAGGGUAUUAUCGCAAGUUUAUUGCACGUUAUGGCGAAAUUGCAGCUCCCCUUUCCACACUCCUAAAGAAGAAUGGGUUUGACUGGUCAGCAGCAGCUAACUCCUCUUUUUGUCAACUGAAGACUUGUUUAUCCACUGCCCCGGUCCUCCAACUUCCAGAUUUUUCUAAGGAGUUUAUCGUCGAGUGCGAUGCAUCAAGAAGUGGGUUUGGUGCAGUUUUGCAGCAAGAGGGUCACCCCAUCGCCUACUUCAGCAGGAAAAUUGCAGACCGACAUAUCAAAUUGGCAGCUUAUGAACGGGAAUUGAUUGGUCUUGCUAAGGCAGUGACUCAUUGGAGGCCUUACUUAUGGGGUCAACAGUUUUUGAUACGAACAGAUCACUCUAGCCUGAAAUACUUACUCGAGCAACGCCUCACCACAUCACCUCAACAACAUUGGCUAAGUAAGUUGAUGGGUUUUACGUUUCGUGUGGAAUAUAAACCAGGGCGUUUCAACACAGUCGCGGAUGCACUAUCUCGACAGAAUGAAACUCCACUCAUUCUCGCCUCACUCACGGUGCCGCUAUCCACGCUACUAGAUGAGGUUCGGACUGCCCAGGCAGCAUCCCCAGAGAUUGAGGCCAUUCAACAACAAGUGUUGGCCGGGACGACCACAGAAGACUGGACAUUUCAAGAUGGGUUGCUUUACUAUAAACAUAAAUUGUAUUUGCUGCCCUCGUCCUAUAUUAUUCCUAGCAUACUAUCUGUGUUCCAUGGCAUGGCCCAUGAGGGCAUUGAGAAGACAUUACACCGCUUACGUAAGGAAUUUUACUGGCCAAACAUGAAGCUCACAGUGGCCUAGUACAUUCGUGACUGUCAAGUAUGCCAACAACAUAAGUGGCUGAACCUACAGCCAGCAGGGUUGCUUCAACCACUCCCCAUUCCGCAACACAUUUGGGCAGAUAUUACAAUGGAUUUUAUUGAGGGUUUACCGAAGGUAAAAGGGAAAUCAGUUAUUCUCGUUGUGGUGGAUCGGUUAUCAAAGGCGGCACACUUCAUUCCAUUAAGCCACCCGUAUACUUCUGUAUCUGUAGCUGGAGUGUACUUUGCUGAAAUCUUCCGUCUUCAUGGCUUACCUGAAUCUAUUGUAUCGGACCGUGAUAAAGUUUUCAUCAGUGCAUUUUGGCGCGAAUUGUUUCGUUUGGCCGGUACAAAGUUGGCUUUUUCCUCAGCUUAUCACCCGCAAACUGAUGGCCAAACAGAGAUCGUUAACCGCACUGUGGGCAUGUACUUGCGUUGCUUAACGAGUGAUUACCCUCGGGAAUGGGUUCGUUGGCUUCCAUGGGCUGAAUACUGUUACAAUACAUCUUAUCAUACGGCGUUGGGUGAUACUCCAUUUCGCAUUGUGUAUGGGCGUGAACCUCCCAAACUCGUGGCACAUACACCAGGAACAACCCAAUUAGAAGGGGUCGAGAGGGAGCUCAUUGAUCGUGACAUCUUGCUAGCCACAACAAGGAAUCGAUUAAUGCAAGCGCAACAGCGGAUGAAGCAACAGUUUGAUAAGGGCCAUCGUGAUCUAUCAUUUGAAAUAGGGGACUGGGUAUGGCUUUGGGUACAUCCUUAUCGGCAGGUGUCACUAAUCAAGCGCCAUCAUAAGCUCUUACCUCGCUUUUAUGGGCCGUUUCAGGUGCAAGCGAGAAUUGGGGCAACUGCCUACCAGCUUCUCCUACCGGCAGAUUGUCGUAUCCACAAUGUUUUUCAUGUUUCAUUGCUCAAACCACAUCACGGGCCUAUCCCACAAAGUAUAAGAGAUUUUCCACCACUUGACGAACCUCGUUCUUCUCUUCAGCCCACUGCAGUUCUCCGCAGCCGGAAGCAUGAUGGCCAGAUGGAACUCCUGGUCCAAUGGCAGGGGCAGCUCAAGGAAGAAGCUUCAUGGGAGUCAUUGGAUACAUUUCAAUCCACAUUUCCUGAGUUCAAGCUUGAGGACAAGCUUUUAAUUAACGGGGGGAGUGAUGUUAUGGAUCCAUUCUAUGGACAAGUAUAUCAACGGAGACGUGGACGGUUAGGUUCAGGGGAAUUAGUUGGUCAAAUCGGGGAAGAUCAGAAUACUCUAGAUGGCUGACCACGAGAAUAAGGAAAGCUGGCAGAUUGGCAAGUGGCAGCAUUUAAUUAAUUAGCAUUUAAUUAGUUAGAUCCAGUUAUUUCUUAUUCUUAGUUAUUUCCUAAUUCAAAUUAGGAAACUUCCUGGCAGCAUUUAAUUAGUCAGAUCCAGUUAUUUCCUAUUCUUAGUUAUUUCCUAAUUCAAAUUAGGAAACUUCCUAAUAUCCUUAUGCUUCCUAUUAGGACUCUUGUAAUCUCUAUAAAAGGGACCUAAUAUUGUUCAAUAACGGACCUUUGGAGAAUUAAUUUGAUGUGUCUUGACUAGGUCGGGCACCGAUUAAUUCCUGAAGACUCUUCGUAUUUAUUCUUGCCUCAUUCGAUAAUCCUAGUAUAACAAUAUUGAUACUAAGGUCUCAGUAGGCUCUUCUUCUCUCCUGAGAUCUCGUCUGAGACCUUGGACAAGGUCUUAUACGCGAGUUCUUAACAGUCAUGCUCCGGACAGGACCCAUUAAGAAAUUUACGCUGGUGGUUUCACAGUUUGAGGAUUAUCUUCUCCGUGGAAAAAUUCCCUUACCACUCCCAGCGGAUAUAGACCGUUGGUGUCUGUUUCUGUCGAGAAAUGGCAUUUGAGGAGCUUCACAUCUCUGUUGAUAAUCACAAAGAAACAUAUAAUCUUCAUGAGUGUAUAGUAACUUGCCCAACAAUUAAGCAACUCGCACUUCGUGCGGUGGAUUUUGGCUUCCCUGUUAAUUCACAUAGUGUGCUUCCUGGUGUCACUUCAUUGUCUUUUGACUAUGUUUUAUUUGAGCCUGAUCUCACUGGAACAGUCUAUAGUGUUCCAAAUCCCGAGAAGCUCUCUUUUGACAAUUGUCCUCGGAUUCAAAAUUUUGUGAUUAGCGCGCCAAAACUCAAGUGCUUGACUACUGACCGUAAUUUUGAAAGGGUGACUGAUUUCAGAUGGUUUGUGCUCCAUUUUGCUGUAAUCAGUACUCUUCAUUUGCAUGUAGAUGUGUUGUCGAUAUUCCAAGGUUAAUUUUUGUUCUGUUUUCUUUAAAGGAUUCACCUGACGCAGUAGCUGCACAGAUGUUCCCAAAUGCAACAAAUCUGAGAGUGGUUGUGAUUCAUAAUGCCAAUUUUUUUGGUGCAGAGCACUUCACUUUUGUUAUUGAAUUGAUUCAAAAAUGCCCAAAGCUAUGUGAACUUGGAAUUGAGACAUUUGAUUAUAUAAGACCAAUUAUUUACCGAUUGAUUUGGCCAUUAUGACUUUGUGUUCAUUAUUCUCUCCAAAUUAUGACAAGUCAAGCAUAUGCUGUUUAGAUUUCUCUUUUCCGUGGUAUGUACUUAGGGCACACAGAGAGGCAACGGUGAAUAUGUUUCCAGACUUUUGGCGAAUCCCUACGGCUGUGUUAUUAAGAAGGAACUGAAAAUGCUUAAAACAGUGAAGAUUCAAAUCUUUUGUGGAUUCAGACUUGAAGUGCAGUUUGUCAAGACAAUCCUUUUAAGUCACCCGCCCUUGAGGAACUUGUUAUUACGAAAUCACCUGACUGCAAGGAUAUGCAGAUCCUAGAGGAAAUCAUGUGCUGCUCCCGCUCAUCCCCACAAGCUCGAGUUGUUUUCAUGGAUUCCAAGUAUGAGUAGGCCAGCCAUCCUGCCAUCUAGGUUUUCCCAUGCAUUUGUUGCAUGAAAUCCAAGGGGUUUGGCUAUGUGUAGUCAACUUGUUUUGCUGGAUUGGAAGUUCAAAAUGUUUUUUGCUAGCUCGGUAUCAACUUUACGAAGUACACUCAUAUUUGGAGUACCUAUUUCAUUUGGU